AUGGCCGAGGGCGAGGGCGAGGGCGAGGUUGUCGAUGCGGGCAGCGGGAUCAGGCUGGAAAGAAAGGCUACCGGCGAGGCUGGAUUCGGGGUGUUUUGGUGGUUUGUGCUGGCGAGCGGGCGAGCGGGCGGGCAGGGCGGCAGGCGGGCGGGCGGACACUUACAGUCAGCCUGUUUCCUCACCUGGGCUGGGCUUGGACAGGCUGGAGUCACUGGUCUGGACUGGCUGGGCCUCGAUGGGCGGGCGAUGUAG